ACUCCUUCUCGCUCUAACUACUCUGUACUCCAACCUCACUUCACACUCCAUAGCCGAAUCACCUCAAGAACCCUAAAACCCCAAAACCCUAAAAAAUAAUGCAAAUCUUCAUUUUUCGCAUCUCCAAUUUCUUAAAUCAACGACUUCAAAAUUCUCCAUGGAUCAAUCACCACCAAUACAAUCCCAAUUUCAAUUUCAAUUUCAUUUUCAGAGAAAUGUCUCAAUCCACUUCAAUCCCUAAAAAACAACUAAGAAUUCGCGACCAUGGUUACGAUAAUUACAUGGAAAUCGAGAAGAAAACUCGCAAAGUCCUCAAAUUUCAGAACCUAAUUCUCUCCGAACGUAACCAAUCAAUCCCAAUCCCUCGUCUCGAAACCCUAGCUCAUCGUAUAGGCUUCACGCGCCAUGAAGCCAGCGCGUUCAUUCUCAAAUUCCCGCAUGUGUUCGAAAUCUUCGAGCACCCCGUACAACGCAUUCUCUUCUGCCGUUUAACUCGGCAAGCAAUCCUCCAGAUCGAACAGGAGCGUCACGCGCUUGCAGCUCAUCUCUCACGCGCCGUCAAGCAGCUCCGUAAACUCAUCAUGAUGUCGAACGGUUUACGGCUCCGACUCGAGCACGUGAGGAUCGCACGCUCCGCACUCGGCCUACCGGACGAUUUCGAAUACUCGGUCGUAUUGAGGUACCCUGAAUAUUUUCGCUUAAUUGAUGCUAAAGAAACUAGGAACAAGUACAUUGAGCUUGUUGAAUUUGACCCUAAGUUAGCAACAUGUGCAAUUGAAGAUGUUAGGGAGAAAGUUUACAGAGAGAGAGGUAGUGAUGCUGAAGAUAUUAGGUUUUCUUUUUUGAUUGAUUUUCCACCUGGUUUUAAGAUUAGCAAGUAUUUUAGAGUUGCAAUGUGGAAGUGGCAAAGGACGCCUUAUUGGUCACCUUAUGAGGAUGUUUCCGGGUACGAUUUGAGGUCAAUUGAGGCACAGAAGAGAAUGGAGAAGAGGGCUGUUGCCACUAUUCAUGAAUUGUUAUCCUUGACUGUGGAGAAGAAGAUUACGUUGGAGAGGAUUGCGCAUUUUCGGAUGGCGAUGAAUUUGCCGAAGAAGUUGAAGGAGUUUUUGCUUCAGCAUCAGGGGAUUUUCUAUGUUUCCACUAGAGGGAAUCAUGGGAAGCUUCACACUGUUUUUCUUAGGGAGGCUUAUAGGAGAGGUGAAUUGAUUGAGCCUAAUGAUUUGUAUUUGGCGCGGCGGAAGCUUGCCGAGCUUGUGUUGUUGAGUCCUCGGAAAGCUCGUGUUGAUAGGGAAUUGGUUGGGUAUAGGAGGAGUAGGUUAGAUGAUGAAAUGGGGCAAGUCACAAGAGCAUAUGUUGAGGAUGCCUGUGAAGAUUUUAAGGGUGGAGAUGAUGUAGGGCAAGGUGAGGAUGAAGAAGAUGAUUUGACAUCAGAUAUUGGUUCUGAUAUUGAUUCUGGAGAUGAAGGUGAUGAUUAAGGAAAACUCGUGAACGAGAGUAUUAAUGGAAUCUUUUUUGUUUUCAAAUUUUGCUGUUGUGAAGUCUCUUGAAGGAAACAGACUCUCUUCAGUGGGGAUUUUCACCGACAGAGAGGGAGGAGCGGUGAAAACCUUCACCAUUAAACCUCCCUCUCCCUUAUCUUUUAUAUUUUAAAGGAUCUCUAACAUUUUUAAAUGGAUGGCUGAGAUACCAGUGGACCGAAAUAUCAUUUGAGAGGAUCCAUUCCCGUCUCUUGGUAUAGAUUUGAAACUUUGGAAGUUGCAAAUAUGGUUGAGUUAAGUUUCUUGUUUCUACUGCAUCUUAACUAAAGUGAGAUUUUUCAUGUGAUUGAUUGACCACUGUGUUGACAUGGGGAGAAGUAUAGUAUAGAAUUAUCUAUGAAAAAUGUGAGUGGCUUUUUUAGAAGAUUAUAUUUAUAUUCAGUAUGAUAUCUGAUAUGAAAUCAGAUUAUUCUUUUCAGAGUAAAGUAAUAACUUGAAGGAUGGUAUCAACUCAGUAAUAGACUCCAAGGAACAAUUUUUGUAGAAGAAAACUGUGUAAACAAAUAAUAGUUUUAACCUUGAAGCUUGAUGCUGGUGGUAAAUCAAGGUCUUAUGCUAAGGAUGAUCAACCAAUAAUUGAUUUUCAUUAAUAAUUUAGCCUCCAAAACAAAAUUCUCUAAUUAUGAGUGGUAUGUUUAAGGUUGAAAAAUGCAUUUCAAUUAUUAUUUAUAGAUCUUUCGUUUUUGUCCUCCUUUUAUGGAAAGCAAGAAAUCUUAGAAGACAACCUCUCUUUGUCUCAUAUUUGGAUUAUCUCUUGUGGUGUUGUAUUUGUGGUAGGAUUUAGUGUUAUAGAAGAGAGAAGAUAAAGUGAAGAUGAAAAGAUGAAAGAAGAAUUAAGAGAGAGAGAGAUUAAGAGAGUGCAUGCAAACUCUCCUAAUUCUUUUUUCAUCUUCACUUUAUCUUAUGUCUUCUCUACCUUAUUUUUUCUACUGCAGAAACAACACCAAAUUCAAAAUAAGGCAAAUUCUAAGGAGCUAGUCCAUCACAUGUGCUUAAAAAUCACUUCAAAUUCUAACGACGAUCGACAACACUCUUUAGAAAUAAAAGUUUACAGCUCUCCACAUCUUUACCUUUGAGACGGUAACUUAAUUGAUGUCGGUUCAACGAAUUGAGUUUUGAGGGACACGUUCGUUUUCCCUUAUUUUUAUCGAACGGACUUCAAUCAAGUUAUUGUAUCAGUCAUAACAACCAAGAGGAUCAUUCCAAAAAGCAUCCUCGAUUUUUGUAAGAGUUUCAAAUGAUUGAUUCCGGUUGACACCUAUGAAAAUUGUCCACCGUAGCCUUCACCUUAAAAUAAAAUGAAGAGGGUUAUGGAACUUUAAAUGAAACAGCAAAAAUUGGUAAUGGUAUAGAUUUAAAACAUUCAAAUGUUUGUGUGGAGAGACUUUCUCUUAAUGGAGUAUACAAAAUAUUUUUUUUGUUGAAAUUUAUCAUGUUUGUGUUAGAUGUUUCUGUCAAACACUGGCUGGCUUUUAUUCUGAUUUUUUAUGGCCAUUGGCUUUCAUUCAUAUCGUGGACAUUUAUGGAAGCUUCUCUAUUUUUCAGUUAAAUCUUUGAAAAUAAAGCUAAUUUCAGUUUAAAGUAAUCUUUGUGAAUAGUUGUGAUGUACUAGCAGUGUAAAUUUAAUUUUUUUAUAAUGUUAGUGGAUAACAAUUGAACUCUUUAUUAUAUUCCCUCACCCAUAUAAAAUAUAUAUUAAAUAACUAUGCAAAAUAUAUGAACCAGUCCAAUAAAAAUGAUCUUUAGUGGUGGCAAAAAUCAAUGCAAAGAGGAGCAGCAAGAGGCAGAUGCAAAAUAGAAGACAAAGGCAAGCAACUAAAGGGGUUGAAGGGAAAUGGAUUCUUUAGGUUUGCUUACUUUAGUAAUUUUUUUUAGUGUAUUUAAUGGAGAAAUUAAUUAUUAAAAUAAAUUGAAGGGAAAUCAAUUCUUUGGUGUUUGUUGGCUUUGGUGUAUUUGGAUGAGAGAAAAUGAUUAGUUAGGAGAGAAAUAGAAACAAAAUUAUUAACAAUAUUCAAUGGUACAUGUAAAAAAACCACAUAUGUUUCAAAUUUCUAUUUUUAUCUUUAAAAUUUUGAUCGAAA